GUUGUGAGGAUCAGAUGGCUGAAAUAGAUGUGAAAGGGUUUAAAAGCACUAUAUACAUGUAAGUUAUUAAAGCAUAUGACCUUGGCUGAGAGAAGGCUGGGGUGAGGCACAGUAGUUGACAAGAUACAGAAUUAGGGUUGUACACCGUGACCUCGUUGCUUAAAUCUGCUAGUGUAACCUGACUGCUUCCUGGAGUUUACAGUCUUCAUUUCUUAAAACCUCUCUAGUUCAUUAGGCUAAUGUAGACACAACAUGUAUUGGUCCCUUUUUAUAUUUGCUGUGUCUGUGACAUAACUACUAGCAAGCGCUUAAUAGUCAAACCAUCUUUCCCUCCAUUUUACUUGUCCUUAGUCUCUUAUCUCUAUGGAUAUGAUUCAGAACUGAUAGGAAGCCACAAUUGUGCAUUUUGGUUCAUGUUGAUAAUCUUUGAUACAAUGAGAAAUUGGCUGUCUUAUAAAAUACUCCCUAUAAGUAAAUUCUUUGCAUUCCAUGUUUAGGUUUUUUAAUAUUCAUAAUUAUAUAUCUUUAGGUUUGGUUUGUCAUUUGGACAUCAUGGAAACAAUUUGGAUUAUAUAAGCUUCCCAAAUACUUGUAGCUAAUUUUGUUCUUCUCUGUGUCUUUGUUUUCUGUCUAGUAUGUUGCAGAAAGCAAGCCUGAGAAAAUGUUUCUUCUAGGAAACUCUCUAAAGUUACUUUUUCUCACAAGGUGUUGACAAAAGUUCACCUUGUUAAUGGCGUAUAUUAGAAGAGAAUAGCUUUGGAAACAAUUGAAUGUGGUAUGAAUAAGGACAGCUUGCAACAGAUAGCUCUUUUUAAAGCACCAGCCCUUCACAGAUACAUGCCCUUUUCUCUCUGAAACACACAAAUUUCCUAGAGGAGAUAAGAUGGUAUCGAGCCAGGCUUCCAAAUUACUUUAGAAGGGAAGCCAUAACUGACCAUCAUUAACCUGACUUAAAGUUCUUAGCAGUUAUUUGGGCUUCCCAGGUGGCUCAGUAGUAAAGAACCUGCCUGCUGAUGCAGGAGACGUGAGUUAUUUCAGGAAAUAUAAAAAGCAGACUUGGAAUUUAAAAAGCUUUCCUAUAAUCUAGUGGUGAUGGUGGUGGUUUAGUCUCUUGACUUGUGUCUGACUCGUGAUCCCAUGGACUGUAGCCCGCCAGGGUCCUCUUUCCAUGGGAUUAUCCAGGCAAGAAUACUGGAGUAGGUUGCCAUUCCUUCUCCAAUGAUCUUCCUGAUCCAGGAAUCAAAUCUGUGUCUCCUGCAUUGCAGGCAGAUUCUUUAUCGCUGGAACCACCAGGGAAGCCCUCCUGUAAUCUAGAGACUGAAAUAAAAAGUGCAGGCCUGUUGGGAGAGGUUUUGUUUUAUAUUUUGCAGCUCGAUUGCUUACCUAAAUGCUGGAAAUACCAUUAGGUGGAGAAAUGGUCCAAACCACAGUGGGAACAUCCCUGUAACCAGGAACAGAUGGCAGGCAGGCAAGCUGCUCUGGUGAACGAGUGAUUAUGGAGGAGGUGUGAGGUAGACUACACUGGAAUCAAGUUAUAACUCCUGGGUUCUGAUGCUGUCACGCUUUGUUACAUUGAGCAAAUCACUUGUCUUUUUUUGUGCCUCAGUUUCUUUAUCUCUAAAGAGAGGUUUGUACCAGACGGCUUUUCUCGUACCUUCCAGAAAAUUAGACAAAUAGCAUAACAGAAGACAAAGUGAAGUUUUGAUUGUUGUGUUUUCAGUCACAGCAGCAUAUUAAUAUAUGUUUGAAAUGCUGCUAUCAGUUGUAUUUUAAGGAAAGAUUCUACACUAUUGAUAUUUAUGACUUCUUAUGGACUUCUGUUAACUCCACACCCAGACAGAUUCCUUGCUUUUAAAAGGCCUGGAAAUGGAGAUUUUUUUUUUUCUGUGUUGUUUUAGGCCCUUAUAUAGAGGGAUCCAUUUCAGUUACAACUGGAUAACACUACUGUAGAUAGUUAGAUUUUCUGAAAAAUUAAGGAAGUACUUGAAAGAGUUAGGCCCGUACUCUAUUAAUCACUUAAUGGUAGCAAAGUAUCAGGCAGGGAUUUACUGGAGAUAAGAAGAGUGCUAAAGCAUGGCGGCCAGGUUGAACUUUGGAGGCGGUAGUGUGCAGACCUGGCGGGUGAAGUGACUUGAAGGUGGGAAUACAACUAAAGGGAAAGAUCUUAAAGAAGUUAACAGGAAAACAGGCCCAGAAAUCCUGCCUGAGCGCUAGGCCCAGCCGGAACUCCCCAUCCGUCCACAAACAGGUCACUUCACCAUUCUGUACCUCAGGCCCCUCUCCUCUGCAGUGGGAGGCCAUCCCAGCUACCUCACAGGAGCUGCAUGAGGACCCAGUGGACAGAUGGCUGUAACAGGCUCUGUGCUGGGCGGGGAGGGGGAACAAGCCCAGUAGCAUGUCAGUGUGGGGCGAGGAUCUGCCUCUUGCAAGGGGCCCUUCAAGAAAGGGGAGGAUGAAGGCCAGGGUACCCUGGUAGGAGUGAUGCUCUGCCUCCUGAAGCCUGCAAAGUAAAUGGUGCUGUGUAUACCAGCCUCCCACCACCUUCUGUCUCUCUGUGAAGUGACUUGAUCCUGGUGUGGACAAAUAAAGUUGCUAUCUGUACACAGCUGUGGGUCAGUCCACUACUUUCUGGCGCUACUGUGAACAUUUGUCCAUUAUCUCCAUUCUCUGCUUUCUGCUUCUCCACUGGCUAACCUCCAGGACCUUACCUCUCUGAGACCUUCAGAGCUACAUGUGCUUUCUGUCCUCAAGUGAACGAGGUCCUCAGUUGGGAAUUUUCCAUUUCUAAAAGUUCUUUAAAUCCCAUUAAUCCUAUCAGGUCCAAAACAGCCAUUUCUAAGAGUUCAUUAAAUUCCAUUUAGAGCCAUUAACAUAUCCUUUUCUGGCAGAUUAUCUGAGUGAUAGAUAACAUACUAAGAGAAAUCAUCCUGGUUGACUUAAAUUCUGUUCUAAAGGCAACAGAACCAUUACAUGUCAGGCCAACAUUACAGCAUUGAUGGGGAAAAAAGUUACUAUAGGCACACUUAGUCUUUUUUCUUAUCCUUAAAAUAUUUGUCCAGGAUACGGUAUAAAUACUGGGUUUAGAAAAGAGGGGAGAAGUUAGUGGAAAGAAUACUAAACUUUAUAUGAAAGAUCUGGAUUCCAACCAGUUGUGGUAUUAGCCAUGUAACAUCAGACAGACUGUUUACCUGUGAUAGUGGAGGUGAUAGGAGGAAUUUACAAGUAUUGCCAAGAAAGUUCUAAACCAAAUUAAUCCCAUUUUAAGCCCCUUUCAUUUCCCCCUUGUUCACACAGAUUAGGGUUAUGUGGAAUUAAUUAAUUAAUUAAUUAAUCCCAUUUUAAGCCCCUUUCAUUUCCCCCUUGUUCACACAAGAAGGGUUAUGUGGAAGGAUUGACCUCAUCUUCGUUUCUAGAUGAAAUUAGGCCAAGAAUCAGACUUUUAUCCCUGCUUACGGCAAAAGUACCUUAAUUGUUCACUGUCUUCACUGCAAGGCAGUCUAUCUAGCCUGGUAGAGAAGACCCGGGAUCAAGUACUGACUCUUCCCCUUGUCAGCUUGUAAGAUUGUCUAUAUUACUCCUGAAUACUACUUUCCACACUAACCCCCUCUUAAAUGCUGGGAAGAUUCAGUGGAAACAUUUUGUAGUCUGCACUAGUCUGCAUUAAUUUGUAUUACUGUUUUCAGCAACGUAACACCCAUUGUCUUAGUUUUUUUCCUUGCCAUACACAUUUGUUGAGUACUUUGUAUAGGACAGUGUCUAUCUCCUUGUAUUACUCUGUACUUUCACAUAUAAUAAUAUUCAUACUUUGCUCGGUGCUUUCAGGUUUCAGACACUGAUUCACGUUCAGAAACCAGCAAAGAUGUAUUAGGUGUUCUGGUUGAGGUUUGACCUCCUUGUGUCCUUUCUGACCUCAGUGCUUUGGCUCUGAGAUAGGAUCAAAGAUAUGAAACUAUAGGACUUAAAGCAAUUGAUACUACGAAAAUACUCUCAAAUGUAUAACAUCUGUUGGUAGUAAGAUCGGAACAAGUAAGAGCUACUUACUUUCAAAUGUGAAGAUGAACGCUUUCAUGGAAUUACUCUCUGAUGAUCCUCAGGCUCGGAAAUAUAUCACGGAAAGUAAAUGUUUAGUCAUUGAAAAAAAUGGGAAGUUACGAUAUGAAAUAGAUACUGGAGAAGAAAAGAAAUUUGUCAGCCCAGAAGAUGUUGCCAGACUGAUAUUUAGUAAAAUGAAAGAAACGGCACAUUCUGUCUUGGGCUCAGAUGCCAAUGAUGUAGUCAUUACUGUUCCAUUUGAUUUUGGAGAAAAGCAAAAAAGUGCUCUUGGGGAAGCAGCCCGAGCUGCUGGGUUUAAUGUUUUGCGGUUAAUCCACGAACCAUCUGCAGCUCUUUUGGCUUACGGAAUUGGACAAGACUCCCCCACUGGAAAAAGCAAUAUUUUGGUAUUCAAACUUGGAGGAACAUCCUUAUCUAUCAGUGUCAUGGAAGUUAACAGUGGAAUAUACCGUGUUCUCUCAACAAACACUGAUAAUAACAUUGGAGGUACCCACUUCACAGAAACCUUAGCACAGUACCUAGCCUCUGAGUUUCAGAGAUCCUUCAGACAUGAUGUGAGAGGAAAUGCCCGCGCCAUGAUGAAGCUGAUGAACGGUGCUGACACUGCAAAACAUUCUUUGUCAACCUUGGGAAGCGCCAAUUGCUUCCUUGACUCAUUGUAUGAAGGUCAGGAUUUUGAUUGCAACGUGUCCAGAGCAAGAUUUGAACUUCUGUGUUCUCCACUUUUUAAUAAAUGUAUAGAAGCAAUCAGAGAAGUCUUAGAACAAAGUGGAUUUACAGCAGAUGAUAUCAACAAGGUUGUCCUUUGUGGAGGGUCUUCUCGAAUUCCAAGGCUACAGCAAAUGAUUAGAGAUCUUUUCCCAGCUGUUGAGCUUCUCAAUUCCAUUCCUCCUGAUGAGGUCAUCCCUAUUGGUGCAGCUAUAGAAGCAGGAAUCCUUAUUGGGAAAGAAAGCCUUUCAGUGGAAGAUGCUCUUCAGAUAGAGUGUUCGGCCAAGGAUAUUUUAGUUAAGGGAGUUGAUGAAUCAGGAGCCAACAGCUUCAAAGUACUGUUUCCAUCAGGGACUCCUUUGCCAGCUCGAAGACAACACACAUUACAGGCCCCUGGAAGUAUAUCCUCAGUGUGUCUUGAACUCUAUGAGUCUGAGGGGAAAAACUCUGCAAAAGUGGAAAACAAGUUUGCACAGGUUGUGCUCCAGGAUUUAGAUAAAAAAGAAAAUGGAUUACGUGAUAUAUUAGCUGUUCUUACUAUGAAAAGGGAUGGAUCUUUACAUGUGACGUGCACAGAUCAAGAAACUGGAAAAUGUGAGGCAAUUACUAUAGAGGUGGCAUCUUAGUAUUUUAGAGGAACCAUGAAUUUUUUAAAUCUAAAAUGUCAACAUUAUUUCAUUUUGUUUAAGAAUGUUUAUAUUAAAAUACUUUUCAAAUGACCUGUAUGAUCUAUGUUUCUAUUAAACUAUAGUAUAUUGUUAAGUGUU